GAAAUAUCCCUAUGCUGUGAAAGUCGCCAUCUUUAAAUAGGAUAGCGACCAUCUUGGGCCAUUUUUCACGGGUUGUUGACACGGGCAGCUCCCAGCCGGUCGUGAAAGUGUUUUGCGCUCGAAAAAUCGGAGCUGAAUCAAAUUGAAAGUAAUUAUUAGCCCGUUGAAAAAUUCCUAGUUGAGAGCGUGACAUUCAAGACAAUAUCCGCUAGCCGAACGAGCGUUGAUAUUUGAAGAAACGAGAAUAAAAUCCGCGAAAAUAAGCGUCUGUCACGAACGCGAACUCCAAGCAGUGUUCACUAGAGUUGACAGAGCCGCGAAAUACUAGUGUUCUCUCUUUUACUUUGUCUCUCUCACGAACUUUAUCUCUCUCUAUCUCUCUUACUCCAUAGACAAACAUAUAUAUAGAUCUAUCUAUUAAUCUAUUCUUCCAUAUCCACUCGUAUCUCUUCCUGUAUUCACGUAAAUUUUUGUCCUUAUCCGGUGACUCCGUCAACUCCUCAAUGUUGCCUGUGACAUAAGCAAGAGUGGAGUCAUUCGUGGAAGCCAGCUAGACAACAAAUUCACAAGACUUCUCGUUCUUCUGAUAUCUUCGCUGGAGGAAAUGCUUCCGUGCACAUGGUGACACCUCUGACUUUGAAAAUUGAAGAGGAUCAAGAAUGACCUACGCUAAUGACAAUGGGCUGAAGCAUUGCGCGUUACAGAGCAACCUCCAAUUGCAAAAGAUCUAAGGAAGGUGGCAGAGCGUGAGCAGCAAAGAAAAUAUGGCAGCGCUGGAAGAAAAGAAACGCAUGGGGGGCUCGAAGGUCUCGGCGAUAGCGAACAUAUUCCAACCGAAGCCCCAGCUCGAGAAUCUUAGUCAUCGUACAAAUACAAUACUCUCCGAAGGUUUUAAGGAGCCGCCAGCGCCGUUAAAGGAAUCGCCGACCCAGGUGACAGUUGUCAGGACAGAGAGCCACGUAGCGCGAUUCAACAAUGCGCGAGCAUUGUUUGAGAAACUCGGCGAGGAGAACAAGCCUAAUCGGCCCGAUCGAACGGCGAAACCUCCGAAUUUGCAUGGAUUGCGUUCACGUUCGAGUUCAGCAAAUUCAGGCUCCGGGUGCACCUCACCUGCCAGGUCGCCACGACCGCGAUCCCCGUCUCCUCCAGGAACAAGGGAUCACUUGAGCAAUUGGAGUGCUAGCGUACCGGCUCUUAAUGCUGAACGUCACUUUGAGAAUGGACACUCACAUGGUCCGGAUGUUAUGGCGGACAGGCUGAGGCCACGAGUCGGUUUCGGAAAGUACGAUAAAUUUGAGAAGAAUCAUGGGAAAGAAAAUCGAUUGGAUGAGAAACCGGAAAAGCCUGAGAAACCAGAGAGAAGAUUAAAUCCUAAAGAGUUGAUAGAGAAGCAGAAAAAUUGGACGAGUCACUUUUCAAAGACGAGGCCGAGUAGGUUCAAUUCGGAUCCGAACCGGUCCAUUGUGCAAACUUCGUUGAAUCAAAAUUCAAACAGGAUUAGCAUGGAUGGGAAUGGUACGGCAGGGCAUACACAGACAGCUGUCAGUCAUGAAAACGAUGUUAAGAGAUCAUCGGAUUCAGUUAAUCCUUUGGCCACUAGGUCAGCGAGUUUUUGUUCCACCAGACCUUCCCCUAAUGUUUCACCACCUCCACCGCCACCGCCAACCAGGAAUUCCUCUACAGGUAAUUUAAGGAAGGAACGUCCAGCCAGUAUAGCUUCGAUCAGCCCUAGCAGCCCGGAUUACCCAGAGACCCCCGAAUACGCGACCAUCAAUAAGCAUUCGGACAGUACGCCCGCGAUGCCGGAGUAUGCUGUCGUUCAAAAAGGUUCGAAUGCUCAAGCUAACAACAACUCAACGCGAAAUCACGAAGAUCAACGAGAUAUUUCCAAGUGUCAAGUGAAUCAGGUGCAAAAGCACCAGGACUCUACGUUACCGGAAUACGCAGUUGUGCAAAAGGGAGUAACGGGUAAGGUCAGUCAAAAAAAUGUGGAUUCGUCAAAGAGUGCUGCUGUUCAGAAAAGUGCAAAAUCUAAUGAGUUUACCGGGUCAAAAGUUAUUCCGAAAAAUGGAACAGGUCUCGAGAGAGACUCUCAGCCAAUAAAAUCGCACGUUUCUCCUAACGAGCAAGCGAUUAACGUCUCGAGUCCAGCUCGGAGUAUCUCUAUGGAGAAUGUAACGAUUACCAACAAGUCCGAGAACAAAAUCAGGAUAGAUAGCGAGGAGUUAGAUGUGCCAGAAUACUCCAAUUAUCCAUCUACGACUCCAGUCCGUUCGCCAGCUAAAACUUCCGACUGGAAGAAUGAAUGGCUGGCCAAAAAUGAGGAGCUCCUUAAGAACGCUGCGGAUCUCCGGUCUUCCAGAGAUUCGCUGAUCACCGGAACCAGGAAUGAAAUCGUUAGGACCGAUUCACGACCGGAUUGGGCGAGACCAAGUGUAGACACCGUGAAGAGGAAAGAAAAUAUGUCCGAAGCCAAAAGGAUAGAAAUGUCAAGAUCACCAGAGGGUGAGCUGAGGCCGUCAUCAAGAGGAACGGAUAGUGCAUCCUCAAGUAUGAGCUCACCGAGUUCCCCGUCGAAGGAAAGCAAGGAAGAGAAAGCAGAGAAAGAGAUUCCGGAAAAAAUUCAAACCGGACGUAACAGCUAUGAUUUGGAAACGGAGGAGCCCGAGAAGCCGACGAGCUACACAGAGAAGAUCCUGGUCGAUGAGAUUAAUACGGAAAAGGAGUCAAAGUUCAGCGAGACCGACACAGCGACGGUCAUACGGCGUUCUCACGUGCGAGUCGAGCUACCAGCGGCUGGACUGGGACAACGACCACCUUCUGUCGUCAGUUCGGAUCAGGAAUUUCCACCCUUGGAACACAAGGAUAUACCGAUACCCUCGCCUUAUACCAAACGAAUUCAACAGUCCCAAGAAACGUCUACGACGAGCAGGAAGAAAUCAGAAUCGAAAGUAACGGGUCGACCGGGAGCAGCUGAAGAAAAGCAGCAGCUAAUAUCAGAGAGCCAUCUGCAACAGGUGAAGUGCGAGGAUAAAUCGCAGGAUGGCGUUUACAAGUUUCAGCAAGCGACGGUCACGACUACCGUACAGGACGAGGAGAAGACGGAGAAGGAAAAGUCAAUGGUAGAAGCUGUCUCAGAGAAGCUUACGAUGCACGAGACUCACUGUCAGAAGACAGUGGCCAAUGCGCGUAACGAUCAGAUAAAGGUGUCUGUGCGAGAGAAAUUGGCGAAGAACAAGGAAGAAGUUACGGAAAAACGAUCAAGUUUCACCGAGGCGGAACACAAGGCGGAUGUCCUGGACAAAUCAUCUUCGAGUACAAAUCAAUAUCCGGUUGUUCCUAGUAAUCGCACUAAGGCUAAUUCCAUUAAGCAGUCCGGUGCUAGUGAGGAAAGCGUGCCUAACGAGACAAAAUGUACCUCCGAUGCGUUGACCACUUCCACGAGGAGCAAUCUCAACGACAGUAGCAAAGUCUCUGGUUCCGCGUUUGAUCCGAGCAGCUUGAUCAGAUCCAGCCACGUGGAAAGUCCUGCAACUGGCUCAAGGAAGGAUCCCCUGGACGAUUCAGAGCAGCCGCAGACUACUUGGGAACAAGAGAAACUGAAAGCUGAGAUGGCGAAGUUGCGACUGUCGGAGACUGGCAGCUCGAAUUUGACGCAAAGUUCAAACAAAUCUCAGUCACAGGCAGCAGCCCUGAUCUCACAGAAGUACCAGGAUCCCAGCUCCGCGGAUGAGCAAAAGGACUCCGAGAAUAGCCUCGUAGAAGAUAGCGAUUCUAGCGAUGCCAAAACCAUAACAAAUUUGGAGAGUCUCACUUCCUUGGAGAAUCGAAGCCUGAACGGGCAACAGGAAAUGCCAGCAAGAGUACCGAACAAGAACGUUGUAGCCUCGGUGACGCCGAUGACGCCGGAUACAAUGACAGCCGACGAGGCUGAGAAUUUGCUGAGUUCUCGCAUAUUGGAGAAAAAGAUAAGACAAGGCUCGGCACUCCUGUCGGACGAAGAGGCCCAAGAAAUAGCAAGAUUGUUGUCACCUACUAGCACCACGGCUCCUGCUACUGCCGAGGAGGAGAAAAGGUUGGACAAAAAUAAGGAGAAGGACAAGGACAAGGAUAGGGAAGAACAGGACAAUACUCCGGAUUGGCUCUCUGAUGUCCUCUCUGCUCCGGAUUCUAGCCUCAUCAAUAGUACAACUCAGGACUGCAGUCUGUCUCAUAGAUCACGCAGCGAUCUGACGAUAGACUCUUUGACGGAAAGCCAAGUGGGCUCUGUUACUGGUAGUGAGAGCGGACUUCUAGGCUCGGUCAGUAGUCUGAAUGAUACUCAGGAAACGAAUGAUGACACUGAGACCGAGCAUCAGGACGAGUACCAGCCUGCCCGGGGAAAGAUUAUCCUCGUGGAGAACGGUGUGCAUUAUUUCGAGGAUGGCCACUUCUGGAUGGAGGUCGCUGGUAUUCCUGAAUCCGAGGACGAGGAAGAGGAACUGCCACCCAUGAUUUCCUUUAAAAAAAACUCGAAGGUUUCCUUCGACACGGGACCCAUGAGAGUUUAUUCGACGCAUUCCGUGAACGAGUACGAUCGGCGCAACGAGGACGUUGAUCCCGUCGCUGCAAGUGCGGAGUACGAACUGGAGAAACGUGUAGAAAAAAUGGAGGUAUUCCCUGUGGAGCUAAUGAAGGGUCCGGAAGGUCUUGGACUUAGCAUAAUCGGAAUGGGCGUGGGUGCCGACGCGGGUCUUGAGAAAUUGGGUAUCUUCGUGAAAACUAUAACAGAAAAGGGAGCUGCAGCCAGGGAAGGCAGGAUUCAAGUAAAUGACCAAAUCGUGGAGGUCGAUGGGAAAUCCCUCGUCGGUGUUACUCAGGCUUACGCUGCCAGUGUCCUUCGGAACACUUCGGGUCUCGUGCGCUUCUUGAUUGGCAGAGAACGAGAUCCCCGGAACUCAGAGGUAGCUAUGCUCAUUCGGCAAAGCUUACAGGCAGACAGAGAACGGGAACAAGCCAGCAAUAAUACAAACAGGAGACUGAAUUUCUCUGAGGAAAAUUCGCCGGACGGACAACGAGAAGGCGAUGACAAUUCAAUGAGCAGCGGAAUGGGAAUGCCUGGAGGUAUUCCUGGAUCACCGGCUAUGUCUUCCUGUUCGGAAGGUGAUCCUCCCCACAGUCCAAUCGAAGCGUACUUGUCGCCAUCAAGUAGGAGUAGAUCGCCGAUCAUAAGUUCCUCGUUACCACCACAUUCGACAACCACCACGCAGAGUGACGUCGACAGUCUCAGAAUGCUCUUGCAAGAGAGUCAAUAUAAGCUCGCACUAGCCGACGGAGAGGUGGAAAAGCUCAAGGCGAAGUUGGUGGAAUUGGAGAACAGCGGUGCAGGUAGCGAAGAAUAUGCGGCAAAGUUGCGUGAGUCCGGUCUGCGAUUACACGAAUCCGAACGAGCCCUAGGUGCGGCACGACAGGAUCUGUCUGCAGCGCGAGAGAUGCUCACGCAGGCUACAGCACAGAAUGCAGCAUUGCAGCAGAAAUAUGCACGGGCGAGGAGAGCAGCACGAGAGCUCAGGACAGAUAUUGCCGCCCGGGAUGAAUUUUAUCAACAACUGCUCCAGGAGAAGGACACCGAGUACAACGCUCUCGUCAAAAGUCUAAAAGACAGGGUAAUUACUUUAGAAGUGGAACUAACGGAAACACAGCGGAGAUUCGGUUUGCCAGUUCGAUUACCGUAUGACGGGGCCACAGCGAGGAUCGUAACUCCUCAGCCAACCAGGCGACAACUUCCACCACCUCCGUCGUCUACGAGUUGUCAGCUUUCCGAUACAGAGACGUCUGACCUGAGCAGUCCGGAUGAUGGGGACAAAACGGCAACCGUUGAGAGGAAAUUGCCGUUGCCAUUGCCGGUGAAGGAAGAGCUGGAUCGUGCUGUUCCUGCUCAUCGCCUCCUAGACAAUUCUGCGGGAAAGAGCAAGGCUGAAUUAGCGAGCAGAGGAGGACUAGCGAAUCGUCAGCUUCCUAAGCGAUCCGGUGGAUUGAGCAAUAGCAGCUCGGAUUACGGACUGGAUGAAUCCGGAGAUAAUACCGAUGAUGAUUCUUCCUCGAAACCAGGAGUUCAACAUGACAGUAAUAAUCGACUGAUUAAUGACUCUUCCUCGAAGCCUUCGAACUUGAGUUCCUACUCCAGUAGUUCAUCCAUAAGUUCGCAAAAGAGCAAGCAGCACCUAGAGUCGACGCAUUCUACGAUGAUUCGCCAGCACAGUACUAUCAGCUCACAAGUCAGGGCUAUGACGGAACAAAGCUGGCCACCUUCGCAAAAGGGUUUGACAGGACCUCCCGCGUCCCUGGCUGAGCAAUUGAAACAGGUCCUGGCUGAGAGGGAAAGAAGACUUGGAGGGAACGACGUUUCCUCUUCGAGAGAAAGUUCUGGGGAUUUUAGCGAUUCAAACAAUCCACAUAAUAAUGACCCGACCCUAGUCACGCAUCAUUUAGUUGAAGAAAUAAGACAAGCCGUGAGUGAAGCUAAUCAGAGAGUGAAGAAAGUAACAGUACCUUCUCAGAGUCUGAUCGGAAUUGGAAGUGCACCUUGGCAUCAUCCUGGAGGCUCUCCAUCGAGUUUAUCCUCAGGCGGAUCGAUAAGUCCUCCUGCUGUGGACCCCAGUCCAUCCAAAGCAGGAAGUGCGGAUUCAAGCGAAGUAUGGUUACCACCACAUCCGAGUGAUUUCGGAUUAGGUGAUAAGAAGUCGCACUUCUGGCAAAAUGCUCCGAUUAGUCCAAUCACUGAGUGGAGCAAAGAACUAGUUUGUCAAUGGGUGUCUGGAGUGGGAUUGGAACGUUACGCGAAUCGUUUCGCCGAAGCAGGGAUCAACGGUGCAAGUCUUCUUCGAAUAGAAUCCAGAGACCUCAAAGCUCUAGGUAUCUCAGGCGAGGAGAAGGCCCACCUUAAGAGAAAAUUAAAAGAACUUCGUGCGCAGGCAGAUCGAGAACGUAAAGAGCGUAAGGAACUGGAGCGCAUGCGCCGAAAAGCUGAAAAAGCGGCGCGAAAAAAGUAACUCACGAUUAAUUAAAUAUCGAGUGGAUCGUCAGUUUUUUGAUCUUGUAUGAAACGAGAGAGAUUCAGAGUUUCCAGGAACUUCAUCUAUCCGAUCUACCGAAAUUCCAAUGCUACUCGUAGCGUACCUUCGUUCAUCUUUAUUUACAACGGCUGAUCAUUACAAUUUUCAUCAACCGCUUACUCGAACUUUUGUUCACUAGACGGGGUCGACCAUCAGCCAUUUAAAGAUCAUAGAAAAUCUCAUCAACACGAUUGAUCGUAACGCAUUGAUUUGCCCGUCAAAAAAAAUAGAGAAUUCGUCCUUGAUUCAGUGAAAUUAUCUACAAAGCCAUGUUACUUUUAGAUUAUAGGACAUUCGUACGUCACGAUAAAUUAAUAGACGGAUGCUCGACGAAAAGCGACUAUGUUUUCGUAUUUUUUCUAUUUCUUUAUUACGAUUAUACAUUGUUAUUAUUAUAUUUAUCAGCAGCACUACUACUUCUAUUACAACUACUACAAUUACUGCAAUUACUACUAUUACACUACAUUAUUGCUAUCGCUACGGCUAAUUACUAUUGAUAUUUAAUAAUCGAUGAUGAUCACGUUAGAAAAAAGAAGUGCGUGCGAUAAUGAGAGUACUGUUAUGCGAUACGCACAAUGCGUGUAUGUAUGUGCAUGUAUGCGUCUGCCGAAUGUAAGAAAGAGUAUAUGCGCGUGUAUCGUAAAUAUUAGAAAAUGUCCAAUGAUAAAAAAAAUUGUAACAAAGUUAGGUAUUAUUCAUUAAUUUUUUUUCGUGACUGUACCUACGUCUCCUAGUCGAGACAGCAAGUAUCAUGUUAUCGAAAUUCCGAUGAUUUUUUUUUAAUUAUUUUUAAUUUAUUUCAAAAAGAAUAUCUUAACGAACUAAUAUCGAUAACUCAUAUUGUUAAUCUAAGGAGACACUAGCAAGAUUAUUGCUAGAAACAAAUGGCUGUCCUUUUACGGUAUUUCAUAAACUAUCAACGAAUUUUUUAAUUAACUAAGGCAAUUACAUUAUUAAUAUCGUAGUCCUAAGCGUAGGCACGACCAACUUCAAAUAUCUUCACUUUACUCGAUCCCCAUUAUUUCUUUCAUCCUUUCGUCGUUAGUAUCUUCCUCGGUGUAUCUUUUACUUCGAUUUUUGCUCAAAGACACAUUUCGUAUCAACGAUCAGAUAAAACAACUUUAAAAUCACUGCUGUACAACGUCUCCACGAUUCGCAUUAAUGUCACCGAAACAAUUAUUCUUUGUAAUUCAGAAACUUAUUAAUUCAUUGAAGCACUCACGUAUAUUAAGAAACAAUUGAAAGACACGUCCUGCUUGUCAGAGCCCGACUGAAGUGCCAAGCGUGAAUAAUACGAAUGAGAUUAACCGAUAGAUCAAAAGAUCCAAAGGAUCGAUAGAAUGCGUGAGAGAGCGUGAGUGCUGGAUAUGUUAUCAGAUACGUUACGUAGUCUAACGAUGUUAUUCUGUGUUAAAGAGAAAAUCGAGUGAACGAAAAACAAGAAGAAGGAUCAGUCAAACGGGAAAAGAUGAUUCUCCAUGUCUUUUUAUUGAGGUAGCUUUUAUAAUAGCGGCCGUUUGGCUGAAAAUUUCGUGCGCCUGUGUUAGACGAGCGUACUUUGACGUACGUGUACUUAUUUAUAAAUAGCUUUAAGUUUUAUGUCCAAUGUUACAAAGUGUUUUGAUUAUCCGUUCGGUUGAUUUGUGAGUCGCGAGCGAUUUUUCACAUUUAUUUCUUCCUCUCCACGCGCAAAAACAAAUCGGAUAAGCAAAAUACCAAUGAUUGGAGAACACUUUGUACAUAAAUAUGUAUUUAACGAUUAUUGACGUUAACGAUAGCACGAUAAUAAUAAUUACCAAGUAAUUACUAAAAAAAAGUGGAAACCAUAUUUGUAGUGUCAUAAUACUUCAUAGUCUAUACGUUAUAGCUUGGUAAUUCGGAUGUUUAUCGGUGUCCUCCAUUUUUUUGUAACAGUGCGAUUUAUCGAUGACUUUUAUAACGCUUCUUCAUUUUCAUUUCCUCGUCAUCUUUCUUCUUUAUCUUCUUCUUUAAUAAGACUUUGUAACGUUAUUCGCUACGAACUCGAGGCUUGUCGCGAGGUCUAACCCGAGAAUGAGCAAGCUCAAAAUUGAAAUUCAAGAUCUCAAUGUCACAGCACAAGUUCUUACUUUCAAUUUAGAUUUUUCGCAACGUCUUUUUCUCUGUAGAUGAUGUAUCGAUUUUUUGCCAAGAGCAUAUCCAAGGGGUUGUUCAUUUUUCUUUCUAAUACUUCCCUUUCUGCUUUUCUGAUGGCAUCGCUCGGCGUUCUUCGAUUAAAAAUAAAUAUACGUGAAUCAAUAUCUUUGGGAGCAGCGAAAUGAGCUUGAAGAAAACCGACUGAUUUGUAAGGAUAAGUUUUCUAGACGAUUUUCAACGAAUGGCUUGAGAAAAUUGUAUUGCGUAGCGUUCACGAGAUGAUGUAUCGUAGAAGCGUAUAUGUGAAAAAGCCAAACAAUUUUGCGAGCACAUCACAAGCCGGGAGCCGCGCCGAAACUUUAAGUUCUUUAGUUCUUUAGUCUGUUAGUUAGUUAGUCGUUUCUGGGUGACAUAUCCUCACUUAUUAUUAUACAUUAAAUUAAAUUAUUUUACACGAGUGAAGUAGCCCGUUCAACGAUGUCGUUUCCAACGAGAUCUGGAUACGUAGUUAUCCGACAGCUUUUUAAUAUAUCAAGAACAACAACAAAAGUAUUGUCACUUACGAAUACCCUUCAAGAUUUUAAUUAAAAACCAUUCGUACGUUA